AUGUAUGAGCAGGAAAUCUUGAAGGGACUUAAUCUUUUCAUCCAAAACUAUGAGCGCCGUAUCCGAAUUGAGACGUAUAUCAAAGAUGGGCUUAGAAAGGAUCAAUUGAUCGACCCCAAUGGACCCACGGUAGACAAACUAUCAGAAUCGUCCAUAGUUGAUAGGAUGCGAGUCGAAGCACCUCCUCGCAGAGCCUGGGUAGAGCCACCGGUAGUAAACGAACCUUUGAAUCGUUCUGCCCUUAUACGCGCAACAAAGGCAGCAAAGACAGCAAAGGCCAAGCCUACUCAACCAUCUAGUCAUGUCGAGGCUGAUGUAAGUUCACUGACAUUGUCUCGUCACUUUUUUAGACUAUCUACCAAUAUCUCUCACAGCGCAAGGAGCGACACAAUCAGUGUCACUGAAAGAGCCAAAAGAGCCGGGCGGGCAAAGCAAGUCGCAGGGCUAGGAACGAUACCGGACAUAGUUGAGAAUGUAGUUUAA